UUGUUCGAUCCCACUAAAAAGUUCCGUUUUGGUAUUCAUCUUUCACAGUAUGAUGAGACAGAGCAAACAGCGUACUUCACGAGAUAAAUGAUAACAAAAUCGUGUUAAUCAGAACCUUAAUUGUUCAAUUGACCAUUAUCACCGGCAUUCGAUUUAUAACCGCAAAAUGAAGAACAUUGUCACAGUGUUCCUAAUUUUAUUAAUAAGUCACCAUGGAAGUUGUGCAAAAAUUUUGGGGGUUUUUACCUCACCGGGACCUAGUCACUACAUCCUUGGUAGUACUUUAAUGAAAGCAUUAGCCGAGAAAGGACACGAUGUCACCCUGAUUAGUUCCUUUGGAGAAAAGAAACCACCAAAAACGAAAGGAACGUACAGAGAUAUCGUCGUCACAGAAAUAAUGAAAAAGAUGAACGAAUUGAUCGCUGGAGGACAAGUGAAUAUGUUUGAACACGCGAAAAUGAGCCCGCUGCCUGCAGCCGCGUUCCUUGCGCGUAUGAUGCCUCGAAUAAUGGAACCCGGGUUAGGGAACAAGGAAGUUCAAAAAUUGAUUCACUCUAACGAAAAAUUCGAUGUUGUGAUUGUAGAACAAUUUAUGAAUGAUGCAGAGAAAGCACUAUCCACUCAUUUCGGAGCACCUUUAAUCGUUGUAAGUUCUAUGUGGGCAAACUAUUGGGUGAACACGUUAGUCGGGAAUCCUUCUCCCGCGUCGUACAUUCCAAUGAUCUCUACCGACUAUUCAAUCCCCAUGACGUUUUGUGAGCGACUUGAAAACAGUCUCUUGUUUCUACUAACAGAAAUACUUUUCAAAUGGUACGUGUACCCUUACGAGAACGCGACGAUUAAAAAGUACAUACCGAACGGACCUGAUAUUAAUGACGUACUUUACAAUGCUUCAAUUGUUUUGAUGAACUCUCACCCGAGUUUAAACCAACCUGUGCCGUACGUACCCAACAUGAUCGAUAUUGGAGGGUUUCACGUACAACCACCAAAGAAACUCCCUCAAGACUUGCAAGAAUUUUUAGACAACGCGAAAGACGGUGUCAUUUAUUUUAGCAUGGGUUCUCACUUGAAAAGUGCCGAUUUUCCACCAGAGAAAAGGGACGCGAUUUUGAGGGCGUUCUCGAAGUUGAAAGAAAAAGUUCUGUGGAAAUGGGAAGAGGAUGUUCUACCUGGACAACCGAAGAACGUCAAGCUAUCGAAAUGGUUGCCACAACAAAGCAUUCUGGCACAUCCAAAUGUCAAACUUUUUAUCACGCAUGGAGGUUUGUCAAGUACUACCGAGACUGUCUACCACGGGGUGCCUAUUUUGGCGAUUCCCGUAUUUGGUGAUCAAAAACUAAACGCCAGAAGUGCCAUGAACAACGGCUUUGGUCUUAUGAUACCGUACAAUGAGGUUACUGAGGAUAGGUUUACGAAAAGUAUUCAAGAAAUUUUAAACAAUCCGAAAUAUAGAAAUAGCGCGAAACAGAGGUCUGAAGCUUUCCACGAUAGGCAGGUGAGUCCGAUGGACACUGCAAUUUACUGGAUCGAGUAUGUGAUUCGGCAUAGAGGAGCACCACACCUGAGAGUCGCAGCUCUUGAUCUACCAUGGUACAAAUAUCACCUGCUGGAUGUAAUUGGUUUUCUAGUUUUAAUUAGUGUGGUAACUGGAUAUGUUUCGUAUAAUUCGUUUAGAGCGGUUUGUAGAAAAAUAUGCAACAAACGUAAGAGUAAAAAGCUAAAACAAAAUUAGAUUGAUUUUGUAAAAUCAAUAAAUUUUUCAAAAUCAAAGUUAAUGUGGCACAAGAAUAAAAAGACGAAAUACACUUAAAAUGAUUUUUUUUUUUAAUUAUGAUUAUAAUGAUUCUGCUAGGAAGGACCGUGCCGGGCGUUUUUUUCUUUUUUUAUUUUCUAAAGUUUCUUUUGUAUAUAUUUAGCCGUAAGAUUAUCUUAAUCGUGUAACUAGUGGCAGGGAAUAAAAACCCGAUUACUGUUAACAA